CCGUGCGCGUGCAUCGCACAGUAAGAGACAGUGACAGAAUAAUGUGACAGACUGGCCGUCUCGUCUCCCCCUCCACACAAGCAAGAAGAUUGCCCAAUCGCCUCCUCGACGCCACAAGAGUUCUGCAACCAUGGCGCCACUCCGACUCGACACGGUGCUCAAGCUCAACGACGGCCGCACGAUCCCGCAGCUGGGUCUGGGGGUGUACCAGAGCCGCGGGCGGGCGUGCGUGGCCGGGUGCGCCGAGGCGCUGCGGCUCGGCUACCGGCACAUCGACACGGCGCAGCUGUACGCCAACGAGGCCGAGGUGGGCCAGGCGGUGCGCGACGAGGCCCACGCCAAGCGCGACGAGGCCCACGCCAAGCGCGACGACGUCUUUGUCACGACCAAGAUCUGGGACAGCAACCAUGGCUAUGACGCGGCGCUGCGCUCCCUCGACAAGAGCCUGGCCGCCUCGGGCCUCGCCUACUUUGACCUCGUCCUGAUCCACUCGCCCAACCCGGGCGCAGCGAAGCGGCUCGAGACGUACCGUGCCCUCGUCGACGCACGCAAGCGCGGCCUGACACGGUCCAUCGGCGUCAGCAACUACGGUCCUCACCACCUCGCCGAACUCGACACCCACUUCCCCCACGACCCGCCAGCAGUGAACCAGAUUGAGGCGUCGCCCUUUUUCCAACGGGCCGACAUCGUGGCUGCAUGCCGCAAGCGGAGCAUCGUCGUGCAGGCCUACAGCCCGCUGGGAAAAGGCGCCUUCACCUCGCUGCCCGCGCUCCAGCGCAUCGCCGACCGGCACGCCAAGACGCCCGCCCACGUGCUCAUCCGCUGGUCGCUCCAGCGCGGCUUCGUCUGCCUGCCCAAGUCUUCCAACGCAGACCGCAUCGCCGCCAACGCCGAUGUCUUCAGUUUUGAGCUCUCCGACGCCGACAUGGCCGAGCUUGACGCGAUGGAGACGGGCUCGGGCAUCACGUGGAACCCGACGCUGGUCGAGUAGCCGUCCCUGCCAGCUGCGAGGAAGGGCAGUCUUGGAUCGGGUGGCAGAGUGAUGUCAUUCACGGUGGUAGUGAUCUAGCAGCAGGGUGUCGGAAUGAUGUAUUUGAAAGAAUCUAGUGGCAGUGUGAUGGAGUGGUCUAGUUGGAGUG